CAGUUCUUCGUAGGAAGCCGGACGAUAAGUUAUCGUCGUAAAACUUUACUUGUUCUAUUUAUAAAUUUUUAGAAGAAAACAUAUAUCAAGAUAACAAUACGAUAUAACUGUAUUACAAGAAUAUCGAAGAGGAAUUAGUACUUGACGAUAAGGAAUUUAUGCUAUGAUGGACGUUGUAAGCGUAGAAUCGUUCGUAAAGAAGUCGAACGAGAAGAGACGAGCCAAGCGUCGCCUCUUCGACGAUGGAGAAGAAUCGGAUAAUCAAGGAGGGCAAGAAACAACAAGACUCUUCCUCGAUCAACAAUGGAAGGUUAUAUUAUCCAACGCCUGUGACAAAUGGUCCUUCGAUUUUAUCCACGAUCGGCCUUUAGCGGGCGGUAACUUCGUCUGGACAAAGUUGUACGACAGAUCGUCAGCAGAUACAUCUUCAAUAAAUUCCGAAGAUGAAUACCUUAUAGAUGGGAAGAGGAAAAGGCAAACAGAAAUAACCGAUUACUUCGUCACCAAAAAGCGUAUAAAAGUGAGCAGGAGUAAUAAAAAAUUGUAAAUAAAUCACGUCCAAGCUUCGGGUCUGGUGCAAUCCGCGCAGAACUAUCGAAAAAAUAUUAAUAUUUUUGCUAUUUAGAAGUAAAAGACUUAAAAAAUGAUUAUAUAAAAAACAAAAUGCUGCCACACCUUUUCUCUCUUCCUCCUGAUCUCGUGUUUCAUUUUGUUUGUCAUGUCUUAAACUGGCCGAUCCGGCGCCAGUCUAAUAGAAUGCCGGUGCUGAAUUGUUAUGCUUAUUAUUGUUCUACAAAUAAAUAACUUUAAAAAAUGAAAUAAGACAUUCUAGUUAAAUUGGUAAUUUGUAAGAGGAGACAAUGGUUGUAACGGAAAGAAUCCGGAAAGAACGAAAUCUGAAUAGGGAGUACAAGGGGUAUCGCGUCCGAAAGCAGAGAUGACAUUGUUCUAUUGUUUUACGGGCCCGCUUUACUAGGUCAUUCAUUUUCUAUUUAAAC